AUGUCUUUCCUGACUUCUAUUUCGCCUGAUGUAGCGCUUGCACUCGCUGGCGGGUUCCUGGUUUCUUUGGCAACUGCUCUAAAUCUUCUUGUUAUGGGUCGAAUUACAAGUGUGAGCUCAAUGAUCAUUUCAAUCUCAAGAUUUUAUGUAAAUUCUUCUGGACUAUUUUGAAGGAUCAGCUUUUUACUCGGAUUGCUCAAUUCAGUGCUUUUCUUUAGGGUUUAUCUAGGUGACACAAUAUAUGGUAUCAGAGUAUUUGAUGUUCUAAGCUCCAUGUCAGAUUUAAGUUUGCCGCAAUGAAUAAUUGGCUCAUUUUUUAUUGGAAUGAGUACCAAUUUGGGUGGAGAUUUUAUAGUCUAUCACAUAAUCUGUGGACUUCCAAGGCUCUCAAGACGCUCUAUGUUGGGUACAGCCAUCGUGAUCUUAUUUGGCGCAAUAACAUUAAGUUAUAGGCACUCUAUUCCAUCAUUUGAAAACAAGGGUAUUAUUGAUUCACAAACAAUGGAUACUUAUUUGUCCUUCAUAGGAGACUCAUUUUCUGGGGUUUAUUUAAUUUAUAUUAUCAGCUUUGGGGUUCAUUUAAUUUCUAAAGCAAAAAAAGCAGAUAAAAUCGAUCCACUUUUUUCAUUUGCAAUAGGCAUUAUUUUUGGGUUAGGAUUUAUAUUAUCAGGGUUGUGCAGAAGGACUAAAGUGAUUGGGUUUUUGAAUUUUGGGGACAAUUGGGAUCCAACAAUAGCUUACUCUAUAGUAGCCAUGGUUGGCUUUAAUUGGUUUGGGUUUAAUUUAAUAUUCAAAAACGUUACUACCCCACUGCUACAGGGUAAUUUUAAUCCCAUAAUUGAUGGAGGAAUUAAUAUGAGUUUUUGCAUAGGAGCAGCUCUUUUUGGAAUUGGCUGGGGUAUAUUAGGAUUUUGCAAUGCAGGGAUUUUUAUGAAUAUUAUGCUAUUGCCUCAAGCACUUUUGGCACUGAUUGGAAUUCUAAUGGGCAACACUACAAUGAGAUAUCUUAUGGCAAUAAUCAACUCUCCAGGCUUUAGAAGAAUUUUUAUUUCAGAGUAA